AUGGCAUUUGUUCAUUUCUAUAUUUUUCUCAUCUCAUUUUCAUUAACAUACUCGUGUGACGUAUUCGUUGGCAUUCGCUGUACUUGUUAUGAUUCUAAUGAAAUUCGUUGUACAAUGUCGAAAUUUGCACCAUUGGUAUUCAGUUCAACAAGUGUCAGUACGACGAGAAAAUUCCAUGCAAUCGAUCUAAAAAUCGAAACGGACGAAGAGAUUGAACUCGGAAAUAAUUAUUUCCUGAUUCUCAAUCAACUUCUACCAGAUGUGGCAAAAAAAUCUGUCUCAAUGACGUUUCGUUUUCAAAAUUUCGAAUCAUUUCAUGCCCGAGCAGGGUCAUUCGCCAACUUAUUUCAAGGCAUUACAUCUACUACUAAGCGUCUAACCAUUGAAUUACAUCCUGUGAAAGCGAAAACAAUAACGUUCGACCAGAACGCUUUUGAUAAUCUUCAUGUUAACGAACUUUCCAUGUACGCUGAUUCACUAUCAUCACCGUUCGAAUCGAUAUUCAACAAUACAAACAUCACACAUUUGAAUAUCGAGGGUGCAAUUGUCGCACAUGAACCAUCGUUACUGAGAGAUUUCACUGGACAUAUUCAAUCAUUGAAAAUUACACGAAUGAUUGACAGUGUCAAUAGUGAGGAAUUUCCACCGUUUCCUGUUCAAUCUUAUACAAUCGAAGCGCAUAAAAUGCGUACAUUAGAUACAUUAUCAUUUGCAAAUUAUACGCAAUUAACGGGUUUGAACAUCAUUCAACCAGACGUUUCGAUUACGCCGAAAAUUCUCGAUGGAUUAGAAAGAGUUUCCAAUUUAAAGUCGAUUUCAUUCGACGCCGAACGCAUUGCCGAUGGUGCUUUGAAACAUGUCAAACACAUUCAAACAUUGAUUCUCGGUUCAUAUCUGAAAAUUCUCGAUGUCGAGAGUUUGAAUUCACUGAAAGAUCUACAGCAGUUAGAUGUUCGUUAUGUACAAUUUUCAACUCUACAAGGAACGACAAGUUGUUCGUUGGCAGACUUUAUCAAUCGCCGACGAAUGCUUGGUUUAACUGUAUAUUUACCUGAUGAUAAUCCCGAUUGCGAUUGUAUAUUAGUUUUUCUUAAUAACAUGGUUGACGAUGGUUCACAAUUAGUCAAAUGUCAAUCAACUAAUAAUGAUCGGUGCUUGUUUUCCUCAUGUCCAAUCGUAUCUGAGUAUUUCACACGAAAACAAAAAGAAGACCUCGAAGAUCAGCAAAAACUGAAUACACCAUCCGUCAUUACCCCAUCAUCACCGGCAAUCGUACCAUUUGAACCACCAUCAGUCGAUUUCAAUGAUAAUGCCAUACCUGAAUAUCCUGAUGAAAAGAUUGACGAAGACGAAAGAACCACGACAACGCAGAGUCCUAUCGAAGGUAUGCUCUACGACGAUACUGAUUUUCUUACUAAACCUGUUGAUCAUCAACCAGUCACUGUCACAUCAUUGCUAUUCGAUCCGGAGGAGACUCAUAAUGAAUUCUCGACACCAUUAAUGAAACGUAUUCAUCCAGAUUCAAAACAAUAUCAAUCAUCAAAAUACUUAACCGUCUCAUGGAUUCCAUUCGCCAUAAUCGCCUCUUGUCUUUGUCUUACUUUAGUUAUUUCUAUCAUUAGUUACAUUAUCUAUCAUAAACGACGUAUUGCCACGUUUAAACUUGUCCCACAAACAGCACCAAUUAUUUAA